ACAACGAGUUACGUACAUGCAGGGAGUAGUACUACUCCCUGCCAGUGGUUACAUAGGUCUCUUUGCCGCCGAACAUGGGCAGCAUGGAGCAGUGUUUCAGACUACGAGACAUGUAGUGUAGAACUACGAAGCGCCAGGAUUGGUUUGCCGCCGGUAGCCGUCGUCAAUGUCGCAAAUAGUUCGGCGCGGAGAGCGUCGCCUCCGAAAUGAGGCGGAUCAAUUGCGGAAGGACCCACCGCUGGGAUGCACUGCAGGGCCAAUCGCUCGGGACUUGUAUUGCUGGAAUGCCAGGAUAAUGGGACCUGAUGGUAGCCCGUAUGAAGGUGGAAUGUUCCUUCUCAGGCUCACAUUUCCAGACGAAUACCCAUUCAAACCACCCACGGGCAGGUUCAUAACUAGAAUCUUCCUUCCGAUUCUCACUGAAGGAGGGACGAUAUGCGAUUACUGUCCGAACACCCAGCUUUCUACUGAAAGGUGGCGACCAGCGUGCAAGAUCAAAGAAAUUCUAGAAUCAAUUCGAUCUGUCAUGAGUAAUCCAUAUGAUUGCGAUUCGCACCCACUUGUAUCUAGCCUGCACCAGACUGACCGCCCUCUGUUCGUGAAGACAGCCCAGGAAUGGACGCGUAUGUACGCCAUGGGCGCGGACAUUGACCCAGCUCAUAAGCUCGGUGUUCCCAUUAUACGUGUCCUGCUGCUUGGAGAAGCGGACGUUGGAAAGACGUCGCUGGCGUGCUCGCUGGCCCAGAAACGGAUGCCGCAACGCCAGACGAGCACCAGUACUCUGGGAGUAGAUAUGAGCACGAUCGUGAUUCACGGAGAUGACGGCGAUGCCAGACAAGUCACCUCCGCUGAUGCUGAGAGCGAGCAAGCUCUCAUGCGUCAACUAGCUUCCUUGAUCGAACAGGGCAGCGUACAUGAUGAGCGUUCCACAUUCUCGAAUAGCGAGUCCACGUCUUCAGAGACUCCAUCUGCCAGGCAUUCGCGAGCACUAGCAAGCCGAGGGCCUAAACGGACCUUCAUGGACAAGGUCAUGCAAAGAUUGAGCCUAUCUGCAUCGAAGAACUCUCCAUCAGCAAAAAGUCCCAGUGAGCCAAGUACGCUCCCACCGGACGUACUGAAGAGCAUCACGGAGAAAGUCACAUCAACGAAAUACGUGACCGAAAUGAGCGAACUCAUCGCCAGGGAGCAGUUGACAGUGAUGCGGGUUUGGGAUAACGCGGGCCAAGAUUGCUAUCGUGUUCUGCAUCACAUCACGUUCGGCGCUUAUCGUACCUCAUACGUCAUCGUCUACAAUGCCCAGUGCCCAGUGACAGAAGUGGCUGAGCCGAGCAAUGUUCGUAUGCAGGGCGAAUGUCGUCCCUGUAGUUCAGCACUGCCCGGCCAGCCGGGGUUGACGUACAUCCAUGAUGCGUUGGAGACGAUCCACCAGAAUGUGCCGGACGACUCUGAUGUCCGUGUAUUCAUCGCUGGCUGUCACAUCGACGAGCGACAGCGAUCCGAUGUAGAUCUGUUGCUUGCGGAGCUGGAUUCGGAGCGCGACGAGAUAAUUCGAAGUGUCGCGUGCGAGCCCUUCAGUUAUCUGCUCAGGAAAGAAGAUAUCUUCUUUAUUGACAACACCAGAUCCGGUCUUGGUGGUGCCGAAGACGAGCAGCUGGUUGCGUUGCGGCGACAACUUUGCAUGGAGAGUGAGCAAAACCAAGCAAUACCAACUGCUCGUCUCCUGGAAACACUGUCCUUCAUGGAAGUGUCGAGUCACCCAGAGCUGCGUACACCGUGGAUUACGCGUGACGAGGCAGAAGAGCUGGUGCGCCGUAUCAACUCAGCACACGCGCAUCAAGUGGACACGUCCGCGGCACUGUCCUUCCAGCACUCCAUCGGAACGGCUCUGCACUACCCUGAGUCUAGCGCGCUGCGCGACAAACUCAUUGUCAACGUGCCAAACGUCAUGAAGCUAGCGGCUGCACUCAUUCAACCUUGCUUGACCAGAGCAGAUCUGGUAGGCGCCAUGUCUUUGGCCGACAUCCAUCAACUCAAGCAGGGCUUCGUUUCCGAUCAUGUGGCCACGUGUUUGUGGAAGAAGUUUUGCCCACACCUCUACCCAGCAAUGGCGGAGCGCGAGAAUCGUGUGUUCUUCUACGACCUGAUGAACAGCUUCCACAUACUGUGCCAUGUAGGCGAAAUGCGCACAGAAAACAACGACGAUAGUGUUGUCGGGGAUGCCGUCGUCAAGGAGAUGUUCUGGAUGCCGGCAGCGGCAGAGCGCGCCGAGUUACCCAUCACCCACGGCGCAGUCUCCCCGGAGAUCAUCCUGUCGUCCGAUAACGGCGCCCAUCUGCCGCACUCCACCUUCCUGAGGAUCGGCAACGAGUGCCUGUCCCGCUACAACGCUCGGCACCGCCGCGACGACGGCAAGACAGACGACACGCUGUGGAUGAAUACAUCGCUCGCCAAGUGCAGCAUGCGCCUGCCGGUCAACGGGCACGAGUGGCUGAUCCUGCGCUACAUGAAGUGCGGCAUCAGCAUUCGCGUCGAGGCCAACAGCAACCGCUACAAGUUCCGUGACGGUGAUGGCGUGCCUAUCCUCUCCCAGAUCCACGGCUGGGUGAAAGACGUCCUCGCAUUGGCUCACAAGAAGAUAAGAUUGAAGGAAUAUAUCAGAUGUGAGUGUGGCGUCAUGAACGCACACGCGCUAUGUACACUUCACGGCCGCGAAGCUUGCACUUCAUCUUCAGUAGCACCGGCUAUUGCAACAUCUGCUGCCACUAGUGGUACGCGUGGAGGAUGUUUUCACACCGUCAGUUUGCUGCACCUUGGCGACGUUCCGAUGUGUCCAAUAGCGUUCAGCGAGCAUCGAACAGCGCCUCAACGCGUGUCACAAGAAGCUCUUCGCUACUGGAAAUCAUGGGUGCAGGACCCUGACACUUACGUCAUCAUGGACUUGGGCAGCGUCGCAGCAGCGCCAUCAGCAGCCGCCAGGGGACCUCCUGCUGCCGCUGAUCCAUAUGCCUCUGCUCGAGCUGGAUUGCCAGCGCCCGCAGCAUCUGCUGCUGCUGCAUUCCCGGAACUUGCAGAAUGUGCCGCACCAGUGGAAGCACCUGAUGAUCUGCUCGAUUGGAAAUACAGAGAUAAAACCAUGCGGCAAGUUGAUCGCUUCGACUUGGCCCAAGGUCUCAAGAAAGAGCUGGAUGACGACCAGCGCGUGUUAUUCGCUCAUCGGGCGGUCAAGCUCAAUGACAUCGAGUACGUUGGCCAGUUUGAAGUCAUCCUCGUCAACCUCAUCAGGGAGCAUGACUUCGGAGAGCCGUCACUCACCAAUGUGCGUGGCGUACUCGAGUACCUGGCGCGAGCUGAUCGUGAAUGGACCUGCGGUGAGCUACUGGACAUGCUGUGGGACGUCGGGCACAGGCAGCGAAACCGACUCAAGAAGAUCUUCAGCCGAGUCCACUUCCUCUCUGAUUAGAGCUUGGUGAAGUGGCUUGUUGCGCACUUGUUGCGUGGGGGAUCCCCAUCUUCAGCGCUGGUCAUGACCUUGUCUACACUGUAUAAAUGUAGCAUACUGUUAUAUCACAUACCCUCUUCUGUCCCUCCCCUGUUCCGUCUUGUUCCACGUUUUCAACUUGUCGCCCAAUGUAGAGAAUCUCCAUUUAUCGGUGUAUCUUUGAACCGCCAUUUGUCUUGAAUAUGUAUGUGUUCAUGCGUACAUGUCUACAACACACAGAGUUUUGACAUACAUGUACUGUAUUACAUAACCCAUUGAGCCGCCAACUUGACCCUAUACUGGCGAAGACUUCUUUUCAUAUACUGAGUUGCAAUAGAUUUUCAUAGAUCUUUUUGCAAGAUUUGCAAUUUUUUUCAUUUUUCAUAGACAGAGUUUCGGUCGUGUUUGGACGGAUCUUUGCAGAAACUUUCGUUACUCGAACCAGGAUGGUCAAAAUCUUACAAAUUCCCGUUGUGCGCAACCUCUCUACUAUACUACUAAACUAAAACAAACUGUUUAUGGACUCUUGGGAACAGGGAUUAGAUCAGCCAUGACAUCACAAU